GGAAAUUUCCUCAGAAGGAAGUUGAAGCUGUCUGGUUGGUGCAGUUUUAACCUUUAUCACCAGAACUUGGACUGAAGAACUGGUGGUUACAUGAGAUGCAGUUUUGUCCUCUUGGUGUGCUACACCAAUAUGGCACUGACUGAAAACUGCAGGACUUAUCAUUCGCCCAAGGACACUGGAUGUGCUCAGAGUUGCUCUUCGGAUGUGGUUGAGCUCAAUGUGGGUGGACAGGUGUACUACACUCGCUAUGCCACCCUCACUAGUGUGCCAAACUCACUGCUGGGGAAAUUAUUCUCCAAUAAAAAGGACAUCUCCAACGACCUGUCCCAGGACAUCAAGGGUCGCUACUUUAUCGACAGGGACGGCUUUCUAUUUCGAUACGUGUUGGACUAUCUCCGAGAUAAGAACGUCGUCCUGCCGGACUAUUUUCCAGAGAAAGGGAGACUGAAAAAGGAGGCUGAGUUCUUCCAGCUGCCCGAACUCGUCAAAAUCCUCACACCAGAUGAAUAUAAUCAUAGUGAUUUUGACGACGCGUCCCAGGGAAGCGACCAGAGAUUGUUCCCUUCGUCUCACCUGGAGGCGCGCGACAGGCGCUAUGGCUUCCUCACGGUGGGAUACAAGAGCUCGUGCGGGAGGGACAUCGAUACCAAAACUAGAGGAAUACCCAAAAUCUUCAUUUGCGGAAGGGUUGGUCUGGCUAAAGAAGUUUUCGGAGACACUUUAAAUGAGAACAGGGACCCCGAACGGCCACCUGAACGAUACACAUCUCAGUUUUACUUCAAGUUUCGCCACCUGGAGCGCGCGUUUGAUAUGCUCGCGGAGAGCGGAUUCCGCGUUGUCGCGUGCAAUCCAUCAAUCACAACAUCUCUUCACAACAGACCAACAGAUGACAGAUUCUUGUCCAAUAAUACAGAAUAUGUCUUUUACCGUGGCCCAUCUGGAUGGUCUUCGCCUCACUGCGACUGCUGCUGUAAGAGUCACAAGAGCGAGCGUGAAGGUGAAAGUGGCACUUCCUUCAACGAGCUCUCCACUUCCUGUUCCGAGACCCAAUCAGAAGCCAGCUCUCCCCAGGAAACCGUCAUUGUGCGUCCUGUCAACCGCCAACCCAAUAUCCAGACCUUGGACCGGCCAGGCAAAAAGGGUCCGACCCCAAUUCCCAGGAGAACUGAUCUGCUUCGCGUCCGGACCACUGGGCCACGUGAUAUCAUGGCAGGAAAAAGAAAACCGACCAAGGAGAAGCUGACUCCAGAGCAGGAGCUAGAGAAAUGCAUCCAGGACUUCCGGCGCAUUAAAAUUCCUGAAUGCUUUCCGGAGAGGAAGAACAUCUGGCAGUCAGAGCUCUUAAAAAAAUAUAAGCUCUGAAAUGAUUUCCUGCGGACUCACUGAGCCUAUUAGUUCAACACAAUCAAGCUCUCAGUGCAUAAGAUGACAUCAUAUGCUUUUGCUUCGGUUUAAUUGGCUCGUCUGUGCAAUCAUCCAGCGAGAUGCACAAAUAACAAUUCAGUGUACCUCAAGUGACUCCUAAAAG